AUGGAUCCCCUGGUCAAUAGGAACCUCACUGCAGUGACAGAGUUCAUUCUAUUGGGCUUAACAGAUGAUCCAGUCCUCCGAGUCUUCCUCUUUGUGACCGUCCUCUGCAUCUACCUGGUGACCCUCUCUGGCAAUCUCGGCACCAUCAUCCUUAUCAGAGCCUCUUCUCAGCUCCAUCAUCCCAUGUACUUUUUUCUGAGUCAUUUAGCUUUUGCUGACAUAGGCUUUUCAUCUUCCGUCACACCCAAUAUGCUUGUAAACUUCCUGGUGGAGAGAAACACCAUCUCCUAUGUUGGAUGUGACAUCCAGCUUGGCUCAGUUGUUUUCUUUGGGACAGUUGAGUGCUUCCUUCUGGCUGUCAUGGCGUAUGAUCGCUUUGUGGCAAUCUGCAGUCCACUGCUUUACUCAACAAAGAUGUCCACACAAGUCUGUCUCCAGUUACUUGCCGUGGCUUAUACAGGUGGUUUCCUCAAUGGUUCCAUCUUUGCCCUUUCUUUCUUUUCUUUGCUCUUCUGUGGACCAAAUGGAGUCAACCAUUUUUUCUGUGAUUUUGCUCCUUUAGUUGAACUCUCCUGUUCUGAUGUCGAUGUCCUUGCAUUUGUUUCCUCAUUUUCUGCUGGCUCCAUCAUUGUGGUCACAGUGUGUGUCAUCGCCGUCUCCUACGUCUCCAUCCUCACCACAGUGCUGAGGAUGCGCUCCCCCAAGGGGCGCCACAAGGCCUUCUCCACCUGCACCUCCCACCUCACUGCCGUCACUCUCUACUAUGGAACCAUCACCUUCAUCUAUGUGAUGCCCAAGUCCAGUUUCUCCACUGACCACAACAAAGUGGUGUCUGUGUUCUACACGGUGGUGAUCCCCAUGCUGAAUCCUCUCAUUUAUAGUCUGAGGAACCAGGAGAUUAAGGGGACUCUGAAGAAAGCACUUGGUAGGAAAAUAUUUUCUUGGUGA